AUGGAGUGUUUCGACAAAUUGUCGCUCGGCCCCAGUAAGCACUUCCGAGAGGCAACCAAGAAGGCACAUGAAUCUCAGCGCACAGAGUGGCUCGGAGCACCCGGAACCGACAGAAGGAAAGACUGA